GUAGUUGCUUGUUAUUUGUUUAACCUCGGUGUGCGAUGUGCUGACUUCUGAAUUUCCGAUGUUCAUUAAUCUCAUAACUCAUUAGCUACAGACGGUUACUAUAAAACGGUUAUAACGUUCUUGUUCUUCAUUUUGUUUUUGUUUUAAUGUUGAUUUAUAUUUUUAUUUCACACCUCGUGUAUCUUGCACACGCGUGCUUGCGAACUCCCGCCGUCGCAUAACAAUAACAACAACAGUCAACAACAAUAAUAAUAAAUGUCUUCGCUGAGCUUGGCGUCGCACGCUGUGGUGAUCAGUCUGUACUCUGUUGAGUGGCCUCUUGCAGUGAACGAAGUGGUGCACGCAACAGUUCAAUACGUUUAAUUAUACGUUAAUACAAUUCUAUCAUCACCGUAAAUGUGUAUGGUGUGCACUAAGCGAUUAAGCUUGGCGUGGCUGUAGUCCUUUACUUACGACAACGACCGACGACCGGUGUUUUGUUUUCUUCGACUGUCGUCAGUAACCGACCUGCCGACAGUGUUGUGUCCUCCCCUCUCUCUCUCUCCGGGUUACGACCGUUCUGGCCCCUUUAUAUUCAAUACAUCCGUGUUCGUCCGUUCGUCGAUCGCGGUGACAAACGCAGCGGCAGUAACGUUCGCGCGCGCAAUCAGGCGAAAUAUGAACAGUGAAAAUGUGGUGUUUAGUGAGCCAACCGAACGCAGUCGUUAUAGAAGUCAGGCUCGACCAUAAGGCAAAAGGUCUGGAGUGCCUGGAGAAGGUAUGUGAAUGUUUGGGCAUCAACAAAGAAUGUGAUUACUUUGGAUUACAGUACAAAACUGUCAAAGGGCAAGAUGUUUGGUUGAAUCUAAGAAAUUUGAUUGAACAUCAAGUUGCUGGAGUUCAUCCAUAUCGCUUUGCACUCAGAGUCAAAUUUUGGGUACCACCACAUUUACUAUUACAAGAAUCUACCCGGUAA